CCCAAACCCCUCCCAGUCCUCUCCCCUGAAAAAUCCCCCACAUCUGACCGGCCAAAAUAUGGACGGCGAUGGACCGCCGCCGCCGGCCGCAUCGGUGGCGUCGGUGCUCGGCGACGACGACCUCUUCCGCGAGAUCCUCCUCUGCCUCGGCUUCCCCAACCUCCUCGUCCGCGCCGCCCUCGUCUCCAAGCGGUGGCUCCUCCACGCCUCCGAUCCGGUCUUCCUUCGCCGCUUCCGCGAGCGCAACCCGCCCCGCCUGCUCGGAUUCUACGCCGGCUACCCCGGCCGGUAUCAGUUCGUGCCGCUCCCGCAGCCCCCGGAGCUGGCCGCCCUCUCGCGCCGCCCGGCCUCUUCCUGCGACGGCGCCUUCGCCCGCGGAGCCGAGCGACUCAUCCACUGCCGGAACGGCCGCCUCCUCACUGCGUUCCGCAGCCGCUGGCGCCAGCUACGCGGCGGCAGUUUCAAGCACUAUCUCCUGGCGCCGCUGCUCGCCGGGGAGGCCCCAACCGUCCUCCCACCAGCACCGCCGCCCAUCCACGGGCGCGCUCUAGCGAGAUUCACGCAGAUGUUCCUACCCGAGGAUGGGGGCCGCGACGGCAUCACCUUGGUGAAUCUCUUGAUGGUCGGCCGAAAAGUCUAUGCGGAAGUGUACACCCUGGGAUCCGGCGGAUGGGACUUCCCUGGCACCGAGGUGAUAGAGAUAGAGCUCCCGCAUGCCACAACCUUCCUGCAAGAAAUGCUGCCGCCCGUUCAUGGCAAGGCCUUCGUGGUGACCACCUCUGGGUACACCCUGGGUCUUGACUUGGCCACGUCAACCUUCUUCACCCUCGAGCUCCCAGUUGGAGUGUGGCGCAGUUACCUGCUGUCAUCUGCGAAGGAUUCCGGGCUUUAUCUCGUUAGUGCAGACGGAUUUCAGCUCAGCGUGUGGCUCAAUGGGAUGACGGGUGAUGAUUAUGGUGCAGCCGGUUGGUUGCUGGUGGACACAUUUAGUAUCCACGAGGCAUGCACACGUUUUACUGAUCAAAAUCAGACUUCGAUGCCACAAGAUGGUGAUUUUCUUCGUGUUGCUGCAGUUGGGGACAACGCCGAGUUUGUAUUCUUGGAUUAUGCAACAUAUGGUGUUGUCCUUUAUGUUCAUCUGAGGAGCAGAGUGGUUGACAAGGUGUAUGAGCAGGCACCGUAUCAUCAUGGUAAUAUUCAUCCGGGUAUAAGCCGCAUACAUAUCUCUCCCUUUAUGAUGAUGUGGCCACCUGUUUUCCCUGCACUGAACAGAAGACAUGAUCAAGAGCAAUGAUCGCAGUGUGUUUGAUCUUUGUUAUAACGUCGACUUCUAUAAUAGCAAGCUAUGUUUCUCUGGUGAGUUUCUCAAGCAGACUGUGGUGUGCCAGCAUCAUUGAACAGUCUAGAAAGAUCUUGGUUCUCCUCCAGACAUUCUCCAUUCCUCUCUCCAUCAUUAGCAACCAAGAUUUCUGGUUGUUUGUGCUUCAUCUCAGUUAUCGGAGACAGAACCGCUUUUAAAAGAUAUCCUGAUAGGUGGAUACAUGGAAGUUGCUGUGGAAAAGCUUGCUUCAAGGCCAUUACAUCCUCCUCCGGUUCUCCAUGCAUACUACUCUUGGGUUAGGUCAAUUUAUCAUCUCAUGAGAUUCAGGAAGCAGCAGUCACUGCAGAAUACCAUUACAAAUUUACAAUGCAUCUGAUAGAACAAUGUCAUGUCGACAUCGCAUAUUUAUUGCUGUUUGCUCCCAUGAAACUGGACGCAGACAAAUUCCACCCAAGAGUAAUAAUGGAAAAUUGAAUUUGCAUUU